GCUCGGUACAGUGUGUGUGUGUGUGUGUGUGUCUCAGCAGGAUGCGCGGUGCUGUGAAGUGUGUAGUGCUGCUGCUGGUAGCCAUCGGAUCCAACGCGGCACCGACCACCGAGGAAUGUGAAGUUCUGACCCGAAAGCUGCAGACUAAGGAUGUGCACAGGAACUUCGGGGACUGGGUUCUGGCCUGGGCCGUCUCUGACUAUGAGCUGGGCUCGGGUCUGCUGGCGAACCUCAGCAGCUCCCGCGCCAGCUUCCAGCUCCUGGUGCCCAACAGCAGAACCAUCGUGUACAAGGAGAAGAACACGUUCAGUGACGGCGUGUGUGCGUCCUUCUUCUUCAACCUCCACGUUCCCUCUGAUGCCAGCGACCCGACGCUGCAGGUCAAGAGCGGCACACUGCUGAAACAUGGAACUGUUCGUGCCAUCACCUCAACCAGUGUGGUUUUCUUUGAGACUGGUCCGGACCGUCUGCUGAUGCUGUACCAGGGUCCACUGGGCCGGUACCUCCUGAGCUACAGGAGAGACGGGCGUCACUCAGACGGGGAGCAGCUGAAGGCGGCUCAUGACGACCUCAGGAAACUGGCCGAGUGUGUGGGCUUCGCUCACGACAAACCGUUCAUCUACAACGGAGCCGCAGGUCCAACCUGCAAACUGUGUGAUGGUGUGAACGGCAGGCUGCCGACGGAGGACCUGCACAAGGUUUACGGGUCCUGGGUUCUGGUCUGGUCUGUGUCUGACCACAAGGAAGGCCAAGACCUGCUCUCCAACGUGUCCAGUUCCCACAUCGAGCUCCAUCUGCUUUCUGACAAAAAAACUGUGAUGUUAAAUGAGAGGAACGUUUACACGGACAAGUCGUGCUCCAACUAUGUCAUCAACCUGGCGCUGCCCUCUGACCCCUCUGAUGCUGGACACCACACUCUGCACAUGGUGUCUGCCACUGUUGAGGUGGACGGAGUUGUUAAACCGUACAACGACUCAGCAGCUCUGGAUUUCUACCAGACCUGUCCCGACUGCCUGCUGGUGGUCUACAAAUACGUACACGGACGAUUCCUGCUGAGCUACAGGAGGGACGGGCGUCACUCAGACGUGGAGCAGCUGAAGGCGGCUCAUGACGACCUCAGGAAACUGGCCGAGUGUGUGGGCUUCGCUCACGACAAACCGUUCAUCUACAACGGAGCCGCAGCAGUUGGAUACGAGGCUGUGCCGACCUGCAAGAAAUGUGAAGGUCUGAACAGUCGGCUGCCGACCAAGGACCUGGACCAGAUUUUUGGGGCCUGGGUUCUUGUCUGGUCUGUGUCGGACCAUGAUAAAGGCUGGGACCUCCUACAAAACGUCUCUAGCUCCCACGUGGAGCUGCAGCUGCUCCCUGACAAGAGAGGAGCAGUGUUUAACGAGAGGAACCUGUACAAGGACAAGUCGUGCUCCAACUAUGUCAUCAACCUGGCGCUGCCCUCUGACCUCUCUGAUGCUGGACACCACACUCUGCACAUGGUGUCUGCCACUGUUGAGGUGGACGGAGUUGUUAAACCGUACAACGACUCAGCAGCUCUGGAUUUCUACCAGACCUGUCCCGACUGCCUGCUGGUGGUCUACAAAUACGUACACGGACGAUUCCUGCUGAGCUACAGGAGGGAGAGGCAUCACUCAGACGCUCAGCGCUUGAAGGCGGCCCAUGACGAUCACAGGAAACAGUCUGAGUGUCUGGGCUUUCAGCACCACAGCCCGUUCAGCUACGAUGGAGAAGCAGAAUUCUGUUAUAAGAAAUCUGCUUUAGAGAAACACCAGGCUUCCUGAGAGACGACCUGCACGUCCCAUGUCAGUCUGUUUGUGUCAGGGUUCAUCAUGUGACUGAACCAACACUAGUUACAAAUAAAAGUAUGAACCAAUCUGCUCUGUGUCUACUGUA